UCCUCCUCAGCCUCCUCCUCCUCUGCCUGCCCCCGCCCCUUGCUCCUCUGUCCCCUGCCGCCGCAGCGUCGCGGGCGCCUCGCGAAGUGCCUCCGGGGGAGGAUGUCUGCCCUUCGGCCAUGAGCGCGCUUUGCGACAGGACGCUGAGCUGCUUCCGGGGCCUGCUGUGCCUGCGGGGCAGGAGGCGGUUGCCCCCGGCGGCCCAGGCCCUCGGCGCCACGAGUGGCGUCGGCACCCUCGGGGCGGACGAGCCGUCCACGCGUGCCCAGAUGUCCAGGCGAGCCAGCUCCUUCCAGUUCCUUUUCAAUAUCUUCCCGCUCAUGAACUUGCUCUUCGGUCUGAGCCCGCCAGCGGCGGACGCGGCCAUGCGCUCGCACGGGUACGAGGGCGAGCCCGUGGUACCGAUGCCAGAUCAGAGCGAGGACUACCCGCGGGCCACCAGCCGCGACGGGAGCGCCCCAGACCCGCACGAGGUUCAGUACGACGUUCCCGCGCAGCCGGAGUCGGACACGGACAUGUACGGGCGGCCCUCGAUGGUCGCGGACGAGGAGCUGCGGAGGAUCAGCAGGGCACCGCCCGACGGCCCGCUGCAGG